AUGGCAGUCCCAUGCAAAUUCACCUCAAAACAGACUUUCAGAUGUGGUGGCACAGCUGGAGCCAUCCUGACCUGUCCCCUGGAAGUGGUGAAGACACGUCUGCAGUCAUCCCAGUUGACGCUGCGGCCUCUGUGCUUCUCAGAGAUACAGCUGCCAGGGAUGAGUGUGAGGCUGAUGAACCCCACCCCACCGUCUCCUGGAGUGCUGAAGUUGCUGAGGGCCAUCCUUGAGAAGGAAGGCAUGCGAUCCCUAUUCCGAGGUCUGGGUCCAAACCUUGUUGGGGUUGCUCCUUCCCGGGCUAUAUAUUUUGCUGCCUAUUCUGGCGUUAAGGAGAGGCUCAAUGCUGUCCUUGUACCAGAGUCCAAGAAAGUACACAUGCUGUCAGCAGCCUGUGCAGGCAUUACCUCUGCCACACUCACCAACCCUAUCUGGUUAGUGAAAACCAGGAUGCAGCUGGAGACCAGGGUGAAGGGGGAGAUGGCCAGCAAUGCUCUCCAAUGUGCCAUGCAUGUGUACCGUACUGAAGGCCUUCGUGGAUUUUACCGUGGUAUCACUGCUUCCUAUGCUGGAGUGUCAGAGACCAUCAUACACUUUGUCAUCUAUGAAGCACUGAAACAGCGGCUGAGAAACAGCCAUCAUUCCCUUUCCCCACCACUCACGCUUUCACCAAACAGCCAUGAUUUCUUUGGACUAAUGGGAGCUGCUGCUGUUUCCAAAACAUGUGCUUCAUGCAUUGCAUAUCCACAUGAGGUCAUUCGGACACGGUUGCGAGAAGAAGGCUCACGAUACCGUUCCUUUAUACAGACUCUGCAGCUUGUGGUCCAUGAAGAGGGACCCUUGGCUUUAUACCGAGGGCUCCUGGCUCACUUGAUUCGCCAGAUCCCAAACACAGCUAUCAUGAUGGCUACGUAUGAACUCAUCGUACAUUUGGCCUCUUCCACCUUGUAA